CUCGAUGUAAAAUUUCAAAACAGUUUUUGUUCACCCAACAAAUAGAUGAUUUAACAAAUAUACACAGUGUAUUUUACAAGGGGAUAUAAAUAAACUUCAACCGGCUAUUCGAAUCAAAUCUCUCCGAACAGUCGCCAGAAAAACGUCCUCAUCUAAUCAUGGUCUUCGACAUCAAAGGCAAAAUUGCGUUAGUGACUGGAGCAUCUUCCGGAAUCGGUUUCCAUUAUGUGAAGGAACUUCUUAGUAAUGGAGCUAAGGCUGUGACCAUUGCUGACAUUGAUGUCACGAAAGGAGAAGAAUCGGCCAAAAAGCUUAACAAUGAAUUUGGCGGCAACAAAGUCAUUUUUGUACGCACGGACGUUACCAAAGCAGAUGAGUUAGAAGCUGCCUUCAAGACAACCCUAAACACAUGGAAAGGCCUCGAUAUCGUUAUAAACAACGCGGGAAUCAUGAACGACGCCAAUUGGGAACUUCAGAUUGCAAUUAAUUGUAAUCAUGUCGUCAAUGGAAGUCUUCUGGCCAUAAAGUACAUCGGCAAAAAUAACGGUGGCAAAGGUGGAGUCGUGGUCAAUAUUGCUUCCAUCUUAGGAUUGCAAGAGCUUGCUGGUUGCCCCAUCUACGUGGGUACAAAACAUUUUGUCGUUGGUUUGGACCGCUCUUUUGGCACUCCAUUCUUUUACAAUCUCACGGGAAUUCAAUUCUUGACUAUGUGUCCAGGAGUUACUCACACUCCUUUGAUCAGUGAAGCCGGACACUUUGCUUUGCCAGGACUGGGAAAUCUAGCGAAGGAACUUGUAGAUGGACUUGCAUCAAUGCCUGGUCAAAAGCCAGAAAGUGUGGCGAAAGGAAUGAUAACAUUGAUAACACAAGGCGAAAAUGGAAGUGUAUGGGUGGCUGAAGGAGGUGAACCUAUUUAUGAAGUAACCAUUCCUCAAAGACAAACGCUUCGUAAGAAGUAAAGAUACUUAAAUAUUUACUGAAUAUUACUUACGUUUUUAAUUUAAACAACUGCUUUAUAUCUCUUACCUACUAAUGUCAUAUAUAUGUUCAACUUUCUGACAUAGGAAUUAAGAGCUACUUUUUAUUCUGUACGUGUAAAGGUUCUUUUUUGAAAUAAAUCACUUUCUAAGACAGUG